AUGGAUGAUAGCGGUCCUCUUUACAAUGUGCGCAUGAAGCGCGGCCAAGGGUACAACUCCUACAUUCAAGAAGUGCGAAUCGAUAAUGCCGUCUCCAUCACCAAGGUCAAAAAAGCUGCACGCACAAGUGCCUCCAUCAGCGAAGCCGACACCAUCACUCCAGAGCACACGAGGAGUGAUUCGGUAUCGACUGCAGUCCCUCCGCCAGGACCAGCGCCAGUGCCAAAGCCGGGUCUGGAAAUGAACGAUAUCCUCGCGGCCCUGACGGAAAGCUUGAAGAAAACCAGCGUCGAAACUCCUCAGCAGCCGAAACUGCCAUAUCUGCUCAAGCUGGACCCCAAUGCUCGGCACAACCAGACCGUGACCUUUUCUUCAAAACAAGUCAAGAGCAUUGUUGAAAUGAACAAUGCCAUGGGAUUCAACGCUUCAGCUGCAAUCAAAGCCACUAGUUUAGGUCCCGGUGCUGAGGCUCGAAGCAGCCUUGCGACCCGUGACGAUCUCAAUACCAACGAUGUCAAUUUCCUGGUCCACGUCAAGGUCGUCAACGAGGCCGAUGACCGCAAAGAGGAUUGGUCGUUCAACGAAGUGCCUGGUCUGAACGAAAUCCUCAGCGACGACAAGGAGCCGGACGAGGCGAAACGCCAGCAUUUCCGCAGUGUCGAAUUCACCCGCAUUUACGGUGAUUGUUUCAUAUCCGAUUUUGUCGAGGGGGGUGAAAUCUACGCCUGGGUCGGUAUCAAGUCGCAGGACCGCAAGAAUUCCAGACAAUUAGCUGUCCAUGCUUCGGCGCAGUUAACACCAAUGGGUCUCCCGGUGCAAGCGUCGGGUGAAAUGGACGCCUCGCAGGAACGCAAUCGGCUCUUUUCCCAAGCGACGACUUCCAUUCGGAUCCAAUGGCGCGGUGGCGGCCAGAUCAAGAAUCACGACUUCCCCUGGGGCAUGGACAGCUUGAUCCUGAUCGCCAAUGCUUUCCCGUCGAUGGUGGCAGCGAGGCCGGCCAAGAUUCGGGCAGUCUUGACCCCGUACACCGCUCUUAAAAGCUUCCACGACCACAGGCUUUCGAAUCCGCGAAUCCCUCUCCCAUUGACGUACGACCACUGUGCCAUCUAUACCAGCACGCUGUAUGAAGACUUCAUGGCGUUCCAGGACCUGUGCGAGAAGCUGAACGCCAUGAUCAAGGAUCCACAGGACUACCGGAACCGGGACGAUGACAAAACCAUGAUUAACAGCCAGAAGGCCGCUUUUCAGAACGGUGAUGCUCCUCCGCCGGCGAGACGGAGUACCAUGGCUUCUGUGGCUUUGGACGAAGACGACCCAACUUCAGACACCUGGACGGACAAGAAGUUUCGGGCGCUGAUGAACCUCGACGUCAUUCUCAAAGAUACAACCCCCAAGCUCACCAACAUGGACCCUGAUCCGCAGAAACUCAGCAUGAUGCGACUUCUCUGUCGCUCGUCAAUGAUCUAUAUCCAGGAACAAGCGGCUGGACUGGUCGUCGACCCACAGAGAUCUAUCACCCAACAUGAUGGCAGAGGUCGACACAUUUACAGCCUUCCGAAGUACAUCUGUCCCGGUGUUAUUCAAAGCAUAUUGCCAGUCCCCAAGCUUGAUAAUAGUGUAAGUGAGUGGCGAGAUAAAGAGAUCGCCGACUUGCACGGUGUGGGACACAUCACCAACGACCAGGUGAACUACUGGUGGGACGUGAUCGGAGAGCCCCUGUCCCCAUACAAGAGCUACGAGCACUUUGCGAUUGGCAACUUCGACCCCGACGACGAAGAAUACCCCCAGCGAGUUGCCGUCCAGCCUUUUGCCCCUGGGUGGUACCACAGUCGGCGUAUUAGGGACAGUAACAAUGCCAUUAGCGGCAUCGGGCUCGGGUACACGAAUAAAAAGCCACGAGCCCAUCACAAUACCAAGUCCGUCGAGGCGGAGGAGUCCGGAGGAGUCAGGAAUUCUAGUGCUGAAGAACGAUCCACCAUGUUCGCCAACAUGUAUGUCGGGACCAAACCCGCCGACGAGCGCUGGAAAUCCAUCGAAGAGCGCGGCCUCGGCGCUUCCUCCAUCAACCGCGUCCACGUCUAUUAUCGACCCGGCGCUGGCCGCAUUGCGGGCCUCGAGUUCCUGUCCGACCCCAAUCCCACCGAUUUCAACGACGACACGAAACACGUGACGCCGGUGUUCGUCCACAAAUCGUGGGAUCCGGACGCGACGGUCGAGGGCAGCAUGGGAGCGAAACUGCCUGAUAAGAUGGAGAAGCAGGCAUUGUUCCCAGGAGACAAUGUCCUGGACGAGAACAUGGACAAGAAUUGGAUGUUUGCCGGGUUGAUGGGCGCGUUUGAGAGGGUUGGACCGCCGGGGAUGGGGCGGUUCAAGAACGGCAGGAUUUUGGUCAAGGUUGCAGUCGUGUGGAAGAAGAGACCGGGAGCUUCAUGA